GUAGUGAAAGAUUCUUUCUCCUUCUCAGGUGAACUGCCAGAGGCUACCACUGUCCUUCCUCAGUGUCUCUCAAAGUCAUUCUUGAUACAGUUCUAAUACUUCACCUGGAUGGAUGAGCUAGAGAUCAGGAACCCCUAGAAACGGCUGUCUCCACUGCAGAACAUGUCUAACAGUAACACUACUCAGGAGACUCUGGAAAUAAUGAAAGAAUCAGAAAAAAAACUGGUGGAAGAAUCUGUAAACAAAAGCAAAUUUAUAACUAAAACUCCAAGUAAGGAAGAAGUUGAAAAAGAGGGUGAAGAUGCUGGUUUGCGCCAGGAGACACAGAGACGGACAUCCAGCCAUGGUCAUGCCAGGAAAAGAGCCAAGUCCAAUUCCAAGCUCAAGUUGGUACGCAGUCUGGCGGUGUGUGAGGAAUCCUCCACUCCAUUUGCUGAUGGGCCACUAGACACCCAGGAUAUAAUUCAGUUGCACAUCAGCUGCCCCUCUGACAAGGAGGAAGAAAAGUCCACAAAGGAUGUCUCUGAAAAGGAAGACAAGGACAAAAGCAAAGAAAAGGUCCCCAGGAAGAUGCUGUCCAGAGACUCCAGCCAAGAAUAUACUGACUCCACUGGAAUAGACCUACAUGAAUUUCUUGUAAAUACACUGAAAAAGAACCCAAGGGACAGAAUGAUGCUGCUAAAAUUGGAACAGGAGAUUCUGGAGUUUAUCAGUGACAACAAUAACCAGUUCAAGAAGUUCCCUCAGAUGACCUCAUAUCACCGGAUGCUAUUACACCGGGUAGCUGCCUAUUUUGGGAUGGACCACAAUGUUGAUCAAACUGGGAAAGCCGUCAUCAUCAACAAAACCAGCAACACGAGAAUCCCUGAACAGAGGUUCUCAGAACACAUAAAAGAUGAGAAGAACACAGAAUUUCAACAGAGGUUCAUUCUCAAGAGAGAUGAUGCCAGUAUGGACCGAGAGGACAACCAGAUCAGAGUUCCAUUGCAGGAUGGAAGGAGGAGCAAGUCAAUAGAAGAGAGAGAGGAGGAAUAUCAAAGGGCCCGAGAGAGAAUAUUUGCCCGAGAGACUGGCCAGAAUGGAUAUCUAAGUGACGUCAGACUCUCCAAAGAAGCCUUUUCUUCUAGCUCUCACAAGAGAAGGCAGAUUUUUAGGGGGAACCGUGAAGGGUUGAGCCGCACCUCAAGCAGCCGACAGAGCAGCACAGACAGUGAACUCAGAUCCCUGGAGCCACGGCCUUGGAGCAGCACAGACUCAGAUGGGUCUGUCCGGAGUAUGCGCCCUCCUGUCACCAAAGCCAGCAGCUUCAGUGGCAUCUCCAUCCUCACCCGAGGUGACAGCAGUAAAGGUGGCAGCGCAGGAAGGAUCUCUCGGCCAGGUAUGGCACUAGGUGCCCCAGAAGUGUGCAACCAGGCCACCUCACCCCAGUCUGUCCGCGGCCUUCUCCCUUGUACUGCCCAGCAGCAGCAGCAGCAGCAGCAGCAGCAGCAGCAGCAGCUUCCUGCUCUCCCACCCACUCCUCAACAACCGACACCCCUGAAUAAUCACAUGAUUUCACAGGCAGAUGACCUCAGCAACCCCUUUGGACAAAUGAGCCUUAGCCGCCAAGGUUCUACGGAAGCAGCUGACCCAUCCUCAGCUCUGUUCCAGCCCCCACUUAUUUCCCAGCAUCCUCAGCAAACUAGCUUCAUCAUGGCUUCUGCAGGACAGCCCCUCCCUUCUUCCAACUAUUCCACCUCUAGCCAUGCACCACCUACUCAGCAAGUCCUACCACCCCAAGGCUACAUGCCACCCCCUCAACAGAUCCAGGUUUCUUACUACCCCCCUGGACAAUAUCCUAAUUCCAACCAGCAAUAUCGACCUCUCUCUCACCCGGUGGCCUAUAGCCCCCAGCGUGGUCAGCAGCUGCCUCAGCCAUCUCAGCAGCCUGGUUUACAGCCCAUGAUGCCUAACCAGCAGCAGACGGCUUACCAAGGCAUGCUUGGGGUCCAGCAGCCUCAGAACCAGGGCCUACUCAGCAACCAGAGGAGCAGCAUGGGAGGCCAGAUGCAAGGCCUCGUGGUUCAGUACACUCCACUGCCUUCAUACCAAGUCCCAGUGGGCAGUGACUCACAGAGUGUGGUCCAGCCGCCUUUCCAGCAGCCCAUGCUGGUCCCUGCCAGCCAGUCUGUGCAAGGGGGCCUCCCAGCAGGAGGUGUACCCGUGUACUACAGCAUGAUCACACCAGCUCAGCAGAAUGGCACGAGCCCUUCUGUGGGGUUUCUGCAGCCUCCUGGCUCUGAGCAGUACCAGAUGCCUCAGUCUCCGUCUCCCUGCAGCCCACCACAGGUACCACAGCAGUACUCAGGAGUGUCACCUUCUGGACCAGGUGUGGUGGUCAUGCAACUGAAUGUCCCUAAUGGGCCCCAGGCCCCUCAGAAUCCAUCCAUGGUCCAGUGGAGUCACUGCAAAUACUACAAUGUGGACCAACGAGGUCAGAAGCCUGGAGACCUGUACAAUCCUGAUGGUGGCCCCCAGGCCAAUGCACAAAUGGGCAGCAGCCCCGUCACAUCUCCUACCCAGUCUCCAGCACCCUCUCCUGUCACCAGCCUCAGCAACGUCUGCACUGGACUCGGUCCCCUGCCUGUCCUCACGCCAUUCCCCCGGCCUGGGGGUCCUGCACAGGGUAGGGACUUAGAUCAAGGUGAUGGGCGAUACUCCCUGUUGGGUCAGCCAUUACAGUACAAUCUGUCCAUCUGCCCUCCCUUGCUCCAUGGCCAGUCGACUUACACGGUGCACCAGGGACAGAGUGGAUUGAAGCACGGAAACCGAGCCAAGAGACAGGCACUCAAAUCUGCCUCCACUGACCUGGGGACAGCAGAUGUCGUGCUGGGGAGGGUGCUGGAGGUGACAGACCUCCCUGAAGGAAUCACUCGCACAGAGGCAGACAAACUCUUCACCCAGCUCGCCAUGUCUGGUGCCAAGAUCCAGUGGCUCAAGGAUGCUCAGGGGCUGCCUGGUGCAGGUGGCGGGGACAACAGUGGGACUGCUGAGAAUGGCCGACACUCGGACCUCGCUGCCUUGUACACUAUAGUGGCCGUGUUCCCCAGCCCCUUGGCUGCCCAGAAUGCCUCCCUUCGCCUCAACAACUCUCUGCAACGACUGAAGCAGAUAUUCAAGAAGGGCUCUCCAGAGACAACUGAGAUGGAGCCUCCCCCAGAGCCCCAGGCCAAUGGAGAGGCAGUGGGGGCUGGGGGUGGGCCCAUCUACUAUAUCUAUGAGGAAGAAGAGGAAGAGGAGGAGGAGGAGGAACCACCCCCAGAACCCCCUCAGCUUGUCAACGACAAGCCCCACAAAUUCAAAGAUCACUUCUUCAAGAAGCCCAAGUUUUGUGAUGUCUGUGCCCGGAUGAUUGUGCUCAAUAACAAGUUUGGGCUCCGCUGUAAGAACUGCAAAACCAACAUCCAUGAACAUUGCCAAUCCUAUGUGGAGAUGCAGAGGUGCUUCGGCAAGAUCCCACCUGGUUUCCGUCGCGCCUAUAGCUCCCCACUCUACAGCAACCAACAGUAUGCUUGUGUCAAAGAUCUCUCUGCUGCCAAUCGCAAUGACCCUGUGUUUGAGACCCUGCGCGUAGGGGUGAUCAUGGCAAACAAGGAACGGAAGAAAGGACAGGCAGAUAAGAAAAAUCCUCUAGCAGCCAUGAUGGAGGAGGAGCCAGAGUCAGCCAGGCCAGAAGAAGGGAAGCCCCAGGAUGAACCCUGGUCCUCUUCCGAGUCAAGGUUUGGCAUCGUUUAUGGCUUCCUCAGCUGCUCACAUCACCCUCCACCCGCUCUCCACACUGAGACCGACACACAAAAACCAGUAAACUCCUCUCCCGAAGAAUUGGUUAAGGGUCGGGAAACUUACUUCCCACCCUACUCCCUUCCCACCCCCCAGCACAAGCAGCCCGGCUUCCAGCAGUCUCAUUACUUCGUGGCUCUCUAUCGGUUCAAAGCCUUGGAGAAGGAUGAUCUGGAUUUCCCGCCGGGGGAGAAGAUCACAGUCAUUGACGACUCCAAUGAGGAGUGGUGGCGGGGGAAAAUCGGAGAGAAGGUGGGAUUCUUCCCUCCAAACUUUAUCAUCCGGGUCCGGGCUGGAGAACGUGUGCACCGUGUAACCAGAUCCUUUGUGGGGAACCGCGAGAUCGGGCAGAUCACACUGAAGAAAGAUCAGAUCGUGGUGCAGAAAGGAGACGAAGCUGGCGGCUACGUCAAGGUCUAUACCGGCCGCAAGGUGGGGCUGUUUCCCGCCGACUUCCUGGAGGAGAUUUAGGUGUUGGCACCUGCUGGCGGGAGACACCUACGCCUGGUCCUGGGCGGGCCCAGUGCGGGCUGGGGAGGGAAGGGUCGACUGGACUCCUGAAUGGGGAGAGUUGGAGAGGCUACUGGGAUGGGGCGUGAGGAUGAGUCUCGGGAGGCUCUGGCUCCCUCCCACCUCUCCCCCUGCCUAGGGCUUCAGAUACCCGGGGCGCUGACCCACACUCCAGGCCCAUCCCACCUUCAAGGGAUGGGGGUGGGGUGCGUAUCCAUAAAGAGGCGCCGAGGGCCGAACUUCACAUGCUGCGAAUUUAUUAAAGUUUUGACAGAA